AGAAAUGUCGUCAUCUUCGGCGAGAGUGGCUCAGGGAAAAGUUCAGUCAUCAAUGCAAUAACGCAAACCCAGCUUGCGGAGACAUCUAGUGAUGCGACGGGUUGUACUUUCAGUUAUCAAUGCUACCCAGUCGAAAUCUCUGGCCAGAGAUAUGUCCUGUUCGACACCGCAGGUCUUAAUGAGGGGAGUACUGGCGCAGUGCCGGCGGCGAAGGCGGAAAAGGAGUUGAAGAGGCUGCUACGUGGUCUCAUGAGCCCUGGGUCGGAUGGCAUCGGCCUUCUGGUAUACUGCGUGCGCAGCACGAGAGCCCGUCAGGCCCUCAUUCGCAACUACAAUCUUUUCUACUCUGUGAUCUGUCGGAAGAAGGUCCCGAUCGUCGUUGUCGUCACAGGGUUGGAGAACGAGACCGAUAUGCAGGGUUGGUGGUAUGCAAAUGCCAAGGAGUUCAAGAGUCGUGGCAUGUAUUUCCAAGACCAUGCUUGCGUCACGACGCUUCACAAACACGCAGGCAUCUCAGACGUCUUCAAUUGUCGUAUCGCAGAGUCUCGCGGAAUCGUGCGCAACCUUGUCGUCAAUAACUGCUCGGAAUGGGCGGUCGACAACACCUGGUUCAAGCAGUCUUUUGCAGAUGCGCGAUACGUGAUGAGGCAUAAC